AAAUCAAUUUAUUCCCAUCUGAGUACACUGGCAGAUUUUGCAAUAGAGAUGUUUGACGUUCUUGAUGAAAUCAACUAUCAGUCUUACAACGACUUUGUCCUACGAGUUGGUAUUAAUGUUGGGCCAGUGGUGGCUGGAGUCAUUGGAGCCAGAAGGCCACAGUAUGAUAUCUGGGGGAACACUGUAAAUGUUGCUAGCCGGAUGGAUAGUACUGGAGUGCAGGGGAAAAUUCAGGUGACAGAAGAAGUUCAGAGGAUAUUAAAAAGGUGCAGUUAUGAAUUUGUGUGCAGGGGUAAAGUCAGUGUAAAGGGAAAAGGUGAAAUGUUGACCUAUUUCCUGGAAGGAAAGGCUGAUGGAAAUAAUUCACAAACACGAUCUUUAAACUUAGAGCGGAAAAUGUACCCUUAUGGGAGAGCAAACAUUCAAACAAAACUGGGCACCAGCUGUCCGUCGGUGUCCUCAGUUGCUAGCUUUACUGUAAAAGCUGGGCUUGGAGCAGGUCAAGCGUCUGCCACUCACACAAAUCAAACACUGCAUUAUCUUCCUUCUGUGCCAGCUGUGAAGGAGGCGUAGAGCAAAGGAGAUUUGGUUGUGCCAUUUGCAGUGAACUUGGAGAGCAAUGGUUGCCUGAAUUUUUACCAAGAGAUCAGAGGUCAUAGGCCAUGGCAUUAACCAAGGACCACUACAACCCAACCAAAGAGAACUUGGGGACUGUGUAACGAACUCUUGGGAUGGAACAUAUAAGGGCUAGCAAUUCUGUUAGGAAAAAUCAAAACCUGAUUUUCUGGAAAUGAGGAAUAUUUUCUUGGCAUUUUUAAAGGAUAAAUGAAAAAAAAUUAGAUAAAC